GAGGGCAUCGGCCAGUGGAAGAAGUUCCUCCGGCUGCAGCUGCUGUGGAUGAAAGACCACCCAUGGGGGAGAGUAAGGAUUUCGAAGAGGACUGGAUCAAACAGCUGCGAAGGGAAUCUAGUUGGCAGUGCGCUGCUUUAGUCGGGGAAGACCAACCUCUCUGUCCAGAUCUUCCAGAACUUGAUCUCUCCGAAUUAGACGUGAAUGAUCUGGAUGACAACGGGUUCCUUGGUGGGCUUAAGUGGUACAACGACCAAUCCGAAAUCAUCUCCCAUCAGUAUCCUACUGAGACGUCCAACAUAUUUGAGAAGAUAGAUGAAGAGAGCGAAGCCAACUUGCUAGCAGUCCUCACAGAAACGUUGGAUAGCAUCCCAGUGGAUGAAGAUGGAUUGCCUUCCUUCGAUGCCCUGACAGAUGGAGAUGUGACCAGCGAAAAUGAGGCUAGUCCUUCCUCAGUGCCUGGCAGCAGCCCUCCACCCCAGGAGGCAGAAGAGACGUCCCUACUUAAGAAGCUCUUGUUGGCUCCAGCAAACAUCCAACUAAAUUACGAUGAAUGCAGCGGCCUCGGCACACGCAACCAUGCCAACGCCAAUCACCGGAUCAGAACAAACCCCGCCGUGGCCAAGACUGAGAAUUCAUGGAGCAAUAAAGCGAAGAGCAUCUGCCAGCCUCAAAAGGCACAAAGACGUCCCUGCUCAGAGCUUCUCAAAUAUCUGACUACCAGUGAUGAUCACAGUCAGGCCAAACAGACAGAAAACGGCAACAGGAACAGGGACAAGUACACUUCUAAAAAGAAGGCACUCUUGCAUUCUCAGAUGCAUCAUUUACAAGAGAACGAAUGUUAUGGGGCACCUGCUAAGCAGACCAAAUCGAUGAAUUUAUCACUUCCUUUGACGCCGGAGUCGCCAAAUGAUCCGAAGGGUUCUCCAUUUGAGAAGAAGACUAUGGAAGAAACUUUGAAUGCUGAACUCUGUGGAACUGCAGGCCUAACUCCACCUACCACCCCUCCUCAUAAGGCCAGCCAAGAAAACCCUUUUAGGACUUCACCAAAGCCCAAGGCCUCAUGCCAGACUGUUAUGCCACUUUCCCCGAAACCUCGCUGCGGUGAGUCUUCCAUCUCUCAAGGACAUAAUUUGUUCUGGAAGGUUCCAGAGCAGUCGGAGCUGUACGCGCAGCUGAGCAAGACAAGUGGGCUGCCCCUGGGUCAAGAGGAGAGGAAGGCGAGGCGGCUCGGUUUGAGACUGUUCGGCGACCACGAUUACUGUCAGUUGGUCAUUUCUAAGACAGAACGAUGCAUCAACCGUUCCUGGGAACUACAGAAUUCCAGUCAGGUUGAAUUAACAGGCUGCCUGCCCGGACACUGGUGCCAUAUUUGUUCUUCCUUCGAGCAAAACAACCAGGAGGACGAGAGAGAAAGUUCUCAGGCGAGAAAGCAGGACUUACCAUCCAACAACCGGAAACAGCUCCAAGACCAGGAGAUCCGGGCCGAACUCAACAAGCAUUUUGGUCACCCUAGCCAAGCUGUUUUUGAGGAAGAGGCCACUAAAACCAGCGAUCUGAGGGACGACGGUCAUUAUAGCGAUGAACAGUUCUCUAAGCUAUCUAUGUUUAUAAAUUCGGGACUAGCCAUGGAGGGUUUUUUGGAUGACAGCGAAGAGGAAAACGAAAAGAUACAAGGCUACACCUUAUUUGAUUUGUCACCUUCCUGCUCUUCCCUGGAUUCUCCGUGCAGAGAUUCGGGGUCUCCCCCCAACUCGUUCGCUCAACGGUUCCAAAGGCUACGCUCUCAGUCGAGACCCUUCCUACAGUGCAGGCAUUGUUCCCACGCUCCGUAUUCCCGUUCGAGGUCAAGGUCGCCCGGCAAACGCUCCUCCUCAAGAUACGACAGCUACGAGGAAUAUCAGCACGAGAGGCUGAAGAGGGAAGAAUAUCGCAAAGAAUACGAAAAACGAGAAUCCGAAAGGGCAAAGCAGAGAGAAAGAGAGCGGCAGAAAGCAGUUGAAGAACGUCGUGUCAUAUAUGUCGGUAGACUUGGAUCUGGUGCUACGCGAACAGAACUGAGGGACCGGUUUGAAGUUUUCGGUGAAAUUGAGGAGUGUACCCUGAAUCUACAGGACGAUGGAGAUAGCUAUGGAUUCAUCACUUACCGCUAUACUUGCGAUGCAUUUGCUGCACUAGAAAAUGGAAACACCCUACGCAGAUGCAAUGAACCUGCCUUUCAGCUAUAUUUCUGUGGACAGAGGCAAUCCUGCAAGACUAACUAUGCAGAUCUCGAUUCAGACGAUUUCGAUCCUGCUUCUACUAAGAGCAAGUACGACUCGAUGGAUUUCGAUAGUUUACUUAAAGAGGCGCAACGGAGCUUCCGAAGGUAACGUUCGGCGAGGCGUAGAAGAGCGGAAAGUUGCCGAAAACCUCGCCAAGCAGCGUGGCCGUUCAGUCGUAGCCCGUAAAGGAAGUCAUCCUUCACACGUGCAUCUCCUCCUCUGCGUUUCUCCCUUACAAAAAAAACAACAACGUGGUUUUACGUGGACACAAGUAGAGGCAGACGAAGAGCGGGAGUUUUCAUAACCCCAGUGAAAUCUAUUUUUAAGUUUCGGUGCUGCUUUUCCAGGGUGUGCAGGAGGUGGUUGGGCUUUUGAUAAGGGGCAGCAGUUCCAUAGAGAUCGAGUCCAAGCAAAACUUAGAAAAUAUGUACAUAACGGUGCGGUGUUGUUUUUUUUUCCCCGAACGGAGCAAACCGAACCUUUUAGCUGCUGGCAUCUAAGAUACACAACUGUGUUUGGGUGCUUUAUUUUAUUUUAUUUCUUUUGUUUCGGUUUUUUUUUUUAUUUUUAAAGAUUCCCGUAAAGCAAGCAUCUCACACCGGGUUGUUUUAAUAGGAUGACCAUCUCAAAAAAGAGAACUUGCAGAUACUGCAAAACCCAUGGUCCGUUCCUGUGUUGUUGUCAGGGGAGAGAAAAAAAAAAACAGUGGAAGGUUGAAAAAACAUCGAGAGGAUUUUAAAUGUGUGCUGUUUUAAUUGUGACUUCCAUUUUGUGUGUGUGUGUGUCCAAAACAGAGUGAUCAAGAUCCUCCUUAUUAACUAUCAGCCUGUGGGAUAGUUCUUUCUUUCCUUCCUUCCUUCCUUCCUUCCUUCCUUCCUUCCUUCCUUCCUUCCUUUCUUCCCUCCUUCCUUCCUUCCUCCCUCCCUCCCUUCUUCCUUCCUUCCUUCUUUCUUUCUUUCUUUCUUUCUUUCUUUCUUUCUUUCUUUCUUUCUUUCUUUCUUUCUUUCUUCUUCUUCUUCCUU